AGCCCCGCCCCGCCCCGCCCCGCCGGACGCAGGGAGGGCCGUGGCCGGGUGCACGUCGCGUGUGGUGGCGUCACUACGCAGUGCCGUAGUACGACGUGGCUUUCUCUGGCGGAGCGACCGGCAGUCAUGGAUCAGGUAAUGCAGUUUGUGGAACCCAGCCGUCAGUUUGUAAAAGACUCCAUACGACUGGUUAAAAGAUGCACUAAGCCUGACAGGAAAGAAUUCCAGAAGAUUGCAAUGGCAACAGCGAUAGGCUUUGCAAUAAUGGGUUUUAUUGGAUUCUUUGUCAAAUUGAUCCACAUCCCAAUCAACAACAUUAUUGUAGGCGGCUGAAUGUUCAUCAUGAAGAAUGAGACAUUGUGACAUUUGCUGCAAAAAUUUCACAAAUGUGUAACUUGUUUGCUAUUAAACAGUUUUGAGUUUGCAAACUCA